AAGUGAAUCUAUAGUAAUGGUGGGAUUUCUGGAUCUUUUCAGAGUCAAAUCAUUUAGCUCAGUUUCCAAAUAGGACUUAGAAAUGGCUCAGUCGAAUCUCGUAAUAAUUAAACACAAGCUCCUGGCAAUGUCUAAGCCCGUUUUAUAACAUUUGCAUGCAGCCGAUUGCCUACAGUGUGAUUUGUGCGUUUUUAGUGAUUCGGGCAAAGUUCAGUGUCCUACCUUUUCAUAUUUUCUAAGUCCUUUACUUCCGUAGUUUUUUGUACAGCUUUUUGUAUUACUAUCGCCUCAAGGUUCUUGAAAUAGAAAAGGCUGACAUAUAGAUUCGAUUGAUUGCUUUCAUUUUUGACUGAGACAGCUUGUGAAAAAAACUGAAUCAGAUUACGACUGAGACAACAGUAAUUUACUACAAAAUAGUCAUGGAUCCACCAGCAGCUGAAAAAGUGAAGAAGGUUUUAUAUGUGACAUACGUGAUGGCUACUUUGGACGUAACGUGGCUCUUCCUCCAGUUUUCAAUAACACCAUAUUUGGCAAGAAGACUGGGGUUUGACACACUCUGGUUUGGGUACCUACAGACAGCUGUAGGAGUGAUACAGCUUAUGGGGGGUCCUUUGUUUGGAAGGUUUGCAGAUAUUUUUGGAGCACGUGCUGCACUCUCCCUGUCCUGCAUAGCAUCAGUCAUUUAUUAUUUGAUGCUAGCAGCAGCAGACAGUGCUUUGUUACUUUUUCUGCACAAACUACCUGCUGUGUUCAUGCAUGCCUUGCCAGGAUCCCAAAUGGUUGUCACAGACCUGUCUGAGAACAACAAGCGAGCAGAUGCCCUGGCAAAGCUUGGCCUCUGUUUUGGUAUUGGCAUGAUCACAGGGUCAUCAUUAGGAGGCACCUUGAGCACACGCUUUGGGGAGAGGUUUGCUGCAUGUGUGGCUGCUGGAGGAAGUGUUAUCAAUCUACUGAUGGUGCUGAAAUUCAUUCCUAAACACACAAAAAAACACACAAAGAAUGACACUGGCUCUGUGUUUAAUUUUGGGGAGAUUGUCAGGCUGCUGAGGUUUCCAGGUGUUGCAAAGACUUUCACUGUGAAGAUAAUUUCAGGACUGCCAUCUGGUGUUUUUCAGGUCAUGUUCUCCAUUAUUGUCAUGAACUUUUUCCAGCUGCAGGUAGAGCAAAAUGGGUACCUCAUGGCAUACCUUGGUGUGGUGCAAAUGGUUAUUCAGGGUGCUGUUAUUGGUCGUCUCACCACAAGAUAUUCAGAUUACUCAUUACUACUGUUUUCAGUAGGCCUGAACAGCUUGGUGGGGCUUGCACAGGCCCUAACCACUAACAUCUUUCAGUUCUGCUUUGUUGUUAUUCCAAUGAUGCUGUCAAUCAGCAUCUUCAAUGUCAUCACAGACAGCAUGCUAACAAAGAGUGUCCCAGCAUCUGACACAGGGACCAUGCUAGGUUUGUGUGCAUCUGUGCUGCCUCUGGUGCGCACAAUUGGGCCAACCAUUGGAGGUUUCCUUUAUGAGACAUAUGGUGUGGCAUCUUUUGGAUACAUUCAGUUUAUUGUCAGUGCUACAACCUUUACCCUGCUGUUCAUGUCAAGCACAAAGAAGAACACAUCCCACAACAGAUGAACCCUGUGUGUAGUUAAUAUGUAUGCAAAUUUCCUUUGCACUUCAAAUGUAACUGAUUUGUAUUACUGUUAAUGUUAAAACUUUUAAUUAAUCUACUAGGUAUAUACUAUUUGGUAGGUCACUGAUUUUAACUUAAUAUUUUAUUGUAUUGAAAGUUAUGCGAAAAGAAUACAUUUUUGUUAAGCAUGCAAAUCAAAGUCAAAGAAGCUGUCACUUCAACCAUAUAUAGCUGAUGCAGUACACAGUGAAGUGAAACAACGUUCCUCCUAGACUAAAGGUGCUACACAUAACAAAGACAAAGUACAGUGACGCAGACAAACAUAGAGCUAAACAUAGAGAUAAAAACUAAACUAUACUUAUGGUGCAAUUUUUAGAAACUAGACAUACAACAGAAGUGCACAGGAUGGCAAGACAAGACAGUGCAGACAAACAUGUAGACUGACUCUGUGCAAAAGAAUAGUGUUGACAGUGAGUGCAAAUAUGUAUGAAUAAAAUAUACUGAAUCUUUUA